AACAAAACUGUAGGGGCAGGACAAAAUGAUUCUUGUAGCUCGGUUUACUAUUUGAUCGCUGCCGUCACGUGGCUAAUGUGGCACUCAAUAUGGUGGUUUUAUGUAGGUCUCAGUGUUACACAAUAUCACGGACUAUGAACAAGAUAAAGAAGAAGCUGCCCCAGCAGAUCCUGAAUCACUUAUUGGAGAUUCUCUACCUGCUGACGGGAGAGCGUGGGGCUAACUCACUGACAGCGAGUGACAUGACCGGGGACAAGAUGACGACAGAGAGGAUACUGACCCACACCCUGCAGAUCAUGUACCUGCUGACAGGGAAGGUACCUAUAAAGUGUGAUGACGUUGCCGUGUAUUUCUCUAUGGAGGAGUGGGAGUAUAUAGAGGGACACGAGGAGCUUUACAAGGACGUCAUAAUGGAGACUCGCCAAGCACUAAGGACUAUGGAGAUCCCAGGAAAUGAAAGCCCAGGUCACAGUGAUGAAAAUCUAGACACAGGAACACAUGCAGAGCGUAUACAGAAUAUUCAGCCAGUGGAGACCCCAUCAAAUGUCUCUGCAGAUGAAAAUGAUGCUUUAUGUAAAAUGGAACAAGCAGAAGAUCAAUGGCAAAUAAAUAUGCCAGAACGAGAAAUAUUUGACAAUAUUAGUACAGGUGAUGUUAAGAUUGAAGUCACAAUUAAUGCUGAACAAACACAUGAUCAAAGGGAAGUUCUAAAGCAGGAAAUCAGUGGCAAUAUAAGUACAGGCCAUACGGAUGUGACGCCUUCAGAUGGCUCAGAGGUUGAGCACGGAGAAGAACCAUAUGUGUGUGAUCAGGUGAAGACUGAGGAGGAUGAAGUUCCUAUAAAUACUGCUACAGGUGAAUUCACAAACUGCAAUAAUCCUAGUCAUGGUCAAAGUGCUGAUACUUCUUUCAAUCUUCAAAAUCAAAGAAGCCACUUAAAAAAUGUAUGCUCUGUAUGCGGGAAAUGUUUUACCAAGAAAUCAUAUCUUAUUUACCAUCUGAAAAUUCAUACAGGGGAGAAAGCAUUUUCAUGUUCGGACUGUGGGAAAUGUUUUACUCAGAAAUCACAUCUUAUUAGGCAUCAGAAAUUUCAUUCAGGUGUUAAAGCAUUUUCAUGUUUUGAAUGUGGGAAAUGUUUUAUUCUGAAUUCAGACCUUAUUAGGCAUGAGAAAAUACAUACAGGGGAGAAAGGAUUUUCAUGUUCUGUAUGUGGGAAAUGUUUUACUAUGAAAUCAUCUCUUAUUAGGCAUCAGAAAAUUCAUACAGGGGAGAAAGAAUUUUCUUGUUUUGAAUGUGGGAAAUGUUUUAUUCUGAAAUCAGACCUUAGUAGGCAUCAGAAAAUUCACAUUAAAGGUAAUCAGAGCGUAACCUCUGAAGCGCAGAGGGCAAAACAUAGUUGUAAUCCGCACAAUCUCUAGAGUGCUGAUGAUAGCUACAUGUCCUCUAGAGAACAGUUUUGGGGCUGUUUAAAGCCCCUUCUACAUCUCAAGCAGUUACUACAUGUUGUCCUCUGCUGGUGCACGUUUAGAGCUGUUUGAAGCCCCCUCUGCAUCUCAAGUGAUUACAAGGUAACCCAGUGUGUUUGUCAUCUCUGGGGGGAUCUGGGGUCCCUAUAUAGGUUUGAUCACCUGUUGUAAAUACAAUGCAUUUGUUUGACUAGAUGUUCACGGAAAGGAACCCCUAUGCGCAGAUCAAAGUUAUAGAAUUAUGCCCAAAUGUCCUUAUUUAUAUGUUGAUAAACCCUUCUUUGAAAUGUAGGUAGUCAGGUGAUCACUGAGGUGACAGCGUUUUCCUAGCUGGAAUUUUAAUUGAACAGGUGUACAGCGUGAGCACCUGUGUAAACAUCAAAAGUGCAAGAGGCUUCCAGGUGUCCUUGUCUAGAUUAGGAUAGCCUCCAUGGCGGCAUUAUUCUCUAUUUCUGCUUAUUUUAGAAAGGUUACCUAAUACUAUUAUAGAUGCACAGAUGUGUUGACUACAGAGUUGAGAAAAAAACUCACAUUGUGUUGUUUAUAAACUUGUUUAUUAAAACUGUAAUAAAAAUAUGUUUUUUUUUA